AUGAACAAGUUAAGGCAACAUUUCGCUAAAAUCAAACGGAUCUUCAAAGGUGAGGAGUAUCCAGAUGUAAUUUGCAUAGAGUUUUCCCUGCAAAUGUUAACUUACAUGGGUCAAUGGCGACAUCAGCAGCAAACCGGACGCUAUUGGGUCUAUUUCUGUUUGCUAAGCCUUGGUACGUUCUUUCACUGUUUCUUUAUUAUUUGGGAUUGGACUGAAAUCUACAACGAUUUCAUUGCACUGGGAGACAAUAUAUGCGUAUCGUCCGGUGUCGCGCUGGUUUUGUACAAAAAAUGCUACCACAACUAUUAUGCUAGAGAAUUUGAGCAGAUUUUUGAUAAAUUUAAACUGUACAGCGAGCAGUGCAACAAACGUGAGAAGACGGUUAAGGAUUUACAGGUGCGUUAUUUUAAGGAAGAAUACCUACUUAUCGUCAGCACAAUUUUUCUGGGACUGUCACUAUUAAUUGCUAUAUCCGGACAUUCGCUGUUCGAUUCAACCAUCCCGAUUCGGGCUAAGUUCCCAAUGGAGAUCGACUCAAGCGCAAAACUGGUGUUUAUUUCUUGCUUUCAAAUCUCGAUGAGCUUCUACGUCAUAGAAUCAAUAGUAUUUAUUGACGGCAUCGGAGGACAGAUGAUGAGCCAGAUGACACUUCAUUUCGAAAUUCUGUUUCGCGAUUUCAAGGCAAUUGGUUCGGACGCUGUGGUUUUAGAUAAGUGCAACGGCGACUGCUUGAGGCAAGAUUUGCGCGAUUUAAUCAUAAGACAUCAGGAUCUCUUGGACUUUGGUAAAAAUGUCAACGCGUUGUACCAGCCAAUGCUGAUGGCGCAACUUGGUUGCAGUUUAUCGAUGAUUUGCCUAACUGCUUUUGAAGCUACACUAACAACCGAUAAGCUCUAUAUAUUUUUGAGAUUUGCUAUUUACGCACUGUCAGUGUUUAUUCAGAUUCUCUACUGGUGCUAUUACGGCAAUCGGGUCACACACAUGUCAUCAACUAUCAACGAAGCUUUGGUGCAGUGCGAUUGGAUGCAGGGAAACUCCUCGUUCAAGAAAGACCUCAUGAUAGUAAUGAUGCGAGCGCAAAAACCAUUUCAAUUUCGAGUUUAUGGCUAUUUUUCAAUUUCCUACGAAACGUUUAUAGUGGUACUGAGCAAAUCGUAUUCAUUUUUCACUUUAUUUAGAACCAUUAGUAAUUGA